UAGGAGCCAUGUCCACUUUAUUCCCCAACCUCUUUCCCCGUGUGACCGAGACCCUGUGGUUUAAUCUGGACCGACCCUGUGUGGAGGAGACAGAGCUGCAGCAGCAAGAACAGCAGCACCAGGCCUGGCUCCAAAGCAUCGCUGAGAAAGACAACCAUCUGGUUCCUAUCGGCAAGCCAGCCUCGGAGCACUAUGAUGACGAGGAAGAAGAUGAUGAAGAUGAUGAGGACAGUGAGGAGGACUCCGAGGAUGACAAGGACAUGCAGGACAUGGACGAGAUGAAUGACUACAAUGAGUCGCCUGAUGACGGCGAGGUCAACGAGGUGGACAUGGAAGGCAACGAACAGGAUCAGGACCAGUGGAUGAUCUAGGUAGACGAGGCAGGGUGGCCUCAGGGCGAUUCCAGGCCAACCCAACGUACCUUACACCUCCUCUGCCAUGUCCCCAAGCCCACAGCCUGCAGACCCAGCUGUCGGGCCCCGUGGUCGGAAGGCUCAGCCUGGGAGCCCCCCUCAGCUGCUGCCAGGACCUGGAUCCUUGGCCUCUCCUGGCUAUACAUCUGCUCUUGAACUCCCAGGGCCUGAGCCGGCCCUGCCUUCUUGGCCAGUACUUUACCCUUUGGCUGCCAGGUCUGAGUUCCAUCCAACCCUCUUCAAUAAAGACACAGGACUGAG